UAACCAAUCCGAAGAAGAGAUAUAGAAAACAAAGAUAUAAAGCCCUCUCUCAUCUAUUAAAAGUUUCCUUAUCAUCCCAAAACUAGUUGAAGUUACAUCCAAACCCAUCUGUUGGUACUCAUGUCCUCCAGGUCGAUUUACCGUACUCUUCGACCGGUGCUAUCAUCUUCGGUACUAUCAUCCGGUUUAGGUACUGGACAUGGAAUAAAGGGACAUGUCAUCAGCCACUUGCCCACUAUUCGGUUUUUGAGCUCCGACACGUCAUCUUCGACAACUGGGAAUAGGCAGCCGGAAAAUCCUGUCCGAACGGCCGACGGCAAAGUCAUUUCCACUUAUUGGGGUAUACCUCCGACUAAGAUUACUAAACCGGACGGUUCAGCUUGGAAGUGGAAUUGUUUUCAACCAUGGGAUUCAUACAAACCGGAUGUGUCCAUUGAUGUAACCAAACAUCACAAACCGUCCAAUUUCACUGACAAAUUUGCAUAUUGGACCGUCCAAUCUCUGAAGAUACCGGUUCAAUUAUUUUUCCAGAGGAAGCAUAUGUGCCAUGCAAUGUUGCUGGAGACCGUGGCGGCGGUGCCAGGAAUGGUGGGAGGGAUGCUUUUGCACUUGAAAUCUCUACGGAGGUUCGAACAUAGUGGCGGAUGGAUCAAAGCCUUGCUCGAAGAGGCUGAGAACGAGCGUAUGCAUCUCAUGACCUUCAUCGAACUCUCACAACCCAAAUGGUACGAACGGGCGAUUGUGUUUGCGGUCCAGGGUGUUUUCUUCAACGCAUAUUUCUUGUCCUAUGUAAUUUCUCCCAAACUUGCUCAUCGUAUCACUGGAUACUUGGAAGAAGAAGCUGUGAAUUCUUAUACCGAGUUUCUCAAUGACAUCGAUGCCGGAAAGUUCGAAAACUCACCAGCUCCGGCCAUCGCGAUUGAUUACUGGCGGUUGCCUAAAGAUGCGACGCUGAGGGACGUGGUUUUUGUCAUCCGAGCUGAUGAAGCUCACCACCGAGAUAUUAACCAUUAUGCUUCGGACAUACAAUUUCAAGGACGCGAACUCAAGGAAGCACCAGCUCCGAUUGGAUAUCACUAAAGAUCAUGCGACACACGAAUUUGAAUUAUAACAAUUGAUAAAUAUAUUUUUUGUUUGUUUAUAAGUUUUAAGUUAUUUUGUAAUUUAUAUGUAUGAUAAAAAAAAUAUUACGUAUCAUCAUUUAAUUAGAUAUAUGAUUUCACAUAUAAUAUAUAUAUUUUUUUAAAUAUUUAAUUUU